AUGUCUCGACCGGGUCUCCUUCACCACCCUUCAAGCAUCGCGGCCGUCGAAAAGACCAUCGUUCUAGUGACGGGAGGGAAUACUGGCAUUGGAUAUGAAAUUGUCAAGAAACUCGCGUCCGAAAACCGCACAUUCCAGGUCCUGAUGGGCUGUCGAGACACAGUCAAAGGGGAAGCUGCUGUUGCCAGCAUGGGUGCACCGAUCAAUGUCAAUCCCAUUCAACUGGACAUCACUGACGAUGAGUCUAUCGAGCAUUGCUAUCUCGCCAUCGACCAGAACUUUGGCAAACUAGACAUCCUCGUCAACAACGCAGGCACCGCCGCACAGCAUCUACCCGACAAUGCAACUCUGCGCGACAAGUUCAAUCUUUCGUUGAGCGUUAAUGUAACCUCCACUGCCGUGUUGACGGACAAACUCACCUCUUUGCUAGAGAAGUCCAAAUUACCCAAAGUCAUCUUUGUCAGCUCUAUUCUUGGAAGCAUUCAAACCACGCUCGACAGAGGAAUCUUAUACCACGGAAUAUGGUACAAUUCAAGCAAGAGCGCCGAGAAUGCACUCAGUACCUUUUAUGCGAAAGCACAUCCCAAUUGGAAAGUCAAUGCUGUGUGUCCAGGAUACCGCGCGACUGGGUUGAACGGCCAGAAGUUGACUGAAGAAACACAUCCAAAGCAUGGGGCCAUAAGGGUAGCGGAACUGGCAGCAGAAGGUGCAGAUGGGGUGACCGGGACAUACUCGAAUUCGGCGGGAACAAUACCGUGGUAG